UGAAUCCGAGUGGCUGCUGUUGGUGCCGCUCCCUCGCCUUGUUUGCCUGACUAACUGCCCGUUGUGCGCGUUGCUGUGUGCGCUGCAUUUUGCCUGUCUGUCUCUUCAUUCUCUCCUCGGUUCACUCGUGUCUGUGACAUUUGACAGCUGAGACACGCGAAAAAAUUCAAGAACGAGAAGGGAUUUUCUUCUUCCGGUUAAUUGCGUUAACCUCCCCGUAAAUCAUUUUACCCAAUAAUCAGAUAAACGACGGACUUCCAGAGAUAUUCCUACAUCGCUCUCGCCCAUGAUAGCGGCAUUCGCGGUACGCAAUCGUUCGGAAAGAAAUAUCACAGUGUCCGUUCGACUUUGACACGUACAAGUUCAGAAGAAGGGUGUUGCUGAUACGCAAUUGCGCGUUGUGACUAUUUUGCUCCGUUAGAAAGGAGACGAGCAGUUCCUUGUAAAAGCACUUUUUCGUACAAGGAGGAUUUGUGACAGCGGGAGUGAUCGAACCUCGUUUUUAGGUGGGAAAACUCGAAUCAAUAAUAAGUAUGGAUAACUUUGAAUUACCGAAGGAAAAGGUUGACAAGGUCAAAGAAAAUCCUCUUCAUCCGGGGGAUGCCGACGCGGCUAGCAAACUAAAACGAGAUCACCACUCACUCGACGACUUCGAACACCUGGAGCACGACACCUCGCCCAUACAGGAGAGCAAGGAUAUGGCCGCCAGCUUUCAGGGCCAGCAGGAUCAGGCGGUCCCGGCGCAGUUCGUCGACGUGCCACGUGCCGUCGGCGAGGUUCACCCUGCCUCAAUCGAUAAACACGACGCUGUGCCCAACUCCCAACGAAGUCUGCUGGACUCGAGCUUACCAGCUGACGAAGUCUACCUGCAGCCUGCGCCCGCAACCCCGCCCCCUUCGGCUGAUUUUGCGAAACGAACCCUGGCCGACGUUCUCGACAAGCCAAUCAACGACGUCGAUGACAUCCUCGGGGAAGUUGCAAGCUUUGCGCAGGCGUCGAAACCCUUCCACCCUUUCCACCCGACACCCCUGCCGCAGGGUGCAGACCCCAAGGCUGCGUCUCUGGCCUUUAUGGACAGCGAACGAUCACCACAAGCUUAUAACCCAUCGCAGCCGACCUUAGCUAAGGACGUUAAACCGGCUGAGAGUCGUCCCCAGGAAAAUCUAUUCGCCCAGGAUCCGUUGAUCACGGAAAUAAAACCCGAGAAGACGUCUGCACCUGGCGUAAGCAAGUCGGUUGCAGAGGAUCCUGCAUCCCAGCUCCAGCACGCUCUGGACGCCCGGGUUGGCAAGGCAAAACCCAAGACCACCGAGAAGUCUGAAUCCUUCGAAGAAUUGUUUGAGGAUAUCGCCCAAGCUGCAUUGAAAAUGCCAGAGAUCCAGGACAUCAUCGAUCCAAAGGAGGACCUCUUCGGCUUGGAAGAUAUCAAGAACGAUCAGAUGCACGGUGACGAGGCAUUGGAGCGCGACCUGUUUGGACCAGACAAUGACGCUUACGGACAAGUUAAAAAACCAGACACGAUGCCACCGACGCAAGAUAACUCGACCAAACUUAUGGAGGGUCUGAAUUUGGGCAACGUCGAAGUUAAGACCGUGAGAAAACCUGAAGAGGACUUUUUGGGGGAGAUAAAAUCCUCCGUAUUACCGGAGCCACAAAAACCACCAACGAUCGACUUCCUUAAGGACGAUUCUAUCCAGGACAUAUCCAAGGAGACGGCAGUCAAACACGUGCAACAGCAACCGUUUGAGGACGAUUCGUGGAACGUCGUAGAGAAGCCGGAUAAAUUUGAGAAGUGCGAACCCCUGCAGGAAAAGUUCGAUGACCGGGAACCAACUCCGGAACCACCGACCAAAUCGCUGCCGCCUAUACCGAGGGAUGCGUCACCGGAACCAAUCAGCUCCGGUACGCCGGAACCGUUCCAAAGUUUCGCAGGUAAAGGGGCACCCUCGGCCCCAGAGAAAUACGAAUUGUCUUCUGAUUUUAUUGCGACGGAAAGUGGUGGGCCGAAUAAGUUCCUUCAAACCGGUGCCGAAACCGGCGAUUCGGAGUUCGAAUCGGAUCCAGAAUCUUGUCCUUUGCCACCGUCUCGCCUAGCUCAACCAGAGUUUGCGACGAAGACGGAACCUCCCAAAAAACAGGAAAAACCAGACACUUCUGCGGGCGUUUGUUACCGAAAAGAUCCAGUCGAAGAAAUCGCUCCUAAAGAGAUUUUCCGCGAAAUGGGAUUAGACGCAUGGUUUAACCCAGAAAGACUGAACCCCAAAGUUGAGGCCCUGAUCUACUGGCGCGACCCUAAGAAGUCUGGAAUCGUAUUCGGCGUGACUCUUGGAGUGCUCCUGUCUCUAGCCUACUUCAGUCUAAUCAGCGUGCUGGCCUAUCUCUCCCUCAUCACCCUGACCGGUACAGUCGCUUUCCGCGUAUACAAAACUGUCCUGCAAGCAGUUCAGAAGACAUCAGAUGGGCAUCCUUUCAAGGACGUUUUGGAUGUCGACCUCAAUGUGCCAGCUGAAAAAGUCCACGACAUCGCUGACGUUGCAGUUGCUCACGCAAAUGCCGCCAUUGCUGAAUUGCGCAGACUCUUUCUAGUUGAGGAUCUGGUCGAUUCCCUCAAGUUCGGUGUUCUUUUGUGGUGCCUCACUUACCUCGGUGCUUGGUUCAAUGGCAUGACCCUUAUCAUCAUCGGUGUGGUCGCUCUGUUCACGUUGCCGAAAGUCUAUGAGACGAACAAAACGCAGAUCGACCAGAACGUCGAACUUGUUCGUGGAAAGAUUAACGAUUUAACUUCCAAAGUGAAGGCAGCCAUCCCUAUUGGCAAGAAGUCCGAGCCAACGAAGGAGGAGUAAUGAAUUGAAGGGGGGGAGGAUAAUUCAUCGAGAGUGCGAAUUCAAACGAAGGAGUCGCUAAGUGUGCGUUGUGUGUUGCGUGUAUGCUUGUGUGAAUGUAUGUGAGGGUGCGAGACAAAGCGAGGAAGGAGAACCUUCAAAACGUAAAGUUGGGGCUCCAACGAUGAGGAACAGUAAGCAAUGCUUGAGUAGAAGAUGGAGGAAAAGAGUGGGGCGAAGAAAAAAACCUUGAGGAAGAAAUUCGCGAGAAACGAAAAUGGUUUAACCCAUUGAGAUGGCUUUUGAGAAAAUCGAAGAUCGGCGGGGGGCAGAAGAAGAAGAAGAAGAAGAAUGCAGCCAAGUCAACGUUCUUUUGGCCCGCGCAUAUACAUGAUAUCUAAAUAUAUGUAUACAUAUGUAUAUUCCUCGAAGAAUAUGUGAAAAAAGAAAAGGAAAAAAAUUAAAUUAUAACAAGUAAUGAAGUAUCGUAGCGAUUCAUUAAUUAAUUAAUUAUCAACACUUAUUCGUUGUUUAUGGUGGUAACAUACAUACAUACAUAUAUAUAUAUAUGUAUAUAUAUAUAUUAUAUAUUAUAUAUAUAAAAUUAGAGAGCUAUAAACUGCGAUUGGGGAUAAUUUUAACAAUUAUACAAUAUAUACGUCUUCUUUAACGAUUUUAUCUUCCUCAAUAUAGGGUAAAAACCCUAAUUUUGCGACAAUUUUUAAUUGAUCAAAUUAUCAUUACAGGUAUUUAUUAUCUGUCCUACUUCGAAAACAUCUUUUUUUUUUCUUGUCUUGCUCUUCUCCGUACCUAAUUAUUACUCUCUUACACACUAUAACCAAAUUCCCUCACUACUCCUCCUUUCCACCCUGCAUGCCCCAUAAUGAAAUUCAUCGCACCGUCACGACCACUUGAAGAGGAAAAAAAAAUGGAAAAUAAUUGAAAGAAAUAAUCAUGUAUUAUAAGAUGAUAUAUAAGAAAGUUAAGUACACUCCUUUUUACGCAACUAAAAGAAGCUAUUUAAACUUAGGAGAUUUAUUAUUAUUAUGUCCCUAUAUAUAUAUUGACGCGUUGUAUACAUCAAAAGCUUAUGCCGCAUGCUACGCGUCCGCGACUGUGUUAAAUAUAUGCGUUUCCACCUUCUUAUAUGAUCGAAAUCCAGCGCAAACGCGCCUGACGAAAUUGUGUUUUUUUUUCCUCUUUUCUUUCCUAAUUUUUAUCGGUAGUUCUUAAGACAUUAUAUUAUAUAUCGAUCGAGCGUCACCGAGUUUUAUUUGUUAUAACAAGAAAGAAAAGCAAGAGUAAAUAAACAAAAUGAAUUUAAAAAGAAAAAAAAAUUGGCGAGUCAAUAUAUCUCCUUAUAUACAUUCUUAUUAUUAUUGUUAUUAUUAUUAUUAUCAUCAUUAUUAUAUUAUGAGCGUUGCGAAUUAAUAGUUUUUAUUAUUAUUACGAAUUAUGGUGAAAAUGAUUAUUAUUAUUAUUAUUAUUACGAAUUAUUAUUAAUAUAACUAUAGAUAUACACACGUAAUACAUAAAUGAAGUAAAUAUUGAAUUAUAACGACAAAAAUAAACAUGUGUAUACAUAUGUUUAUACAUAUAUAAACAUAUAUAUAUAUACAUAUAUUUAUAUUUAUUACGGUAAACGAUGAAGGUACAACUUUACAUUAUAUAUAUAUAUAUGAAUAUAUAUAUACAUAUAUAAAUAUACACAUAUGUAUGUGUAUAAAUGAAUUUACUAUCUAUGUAUAAUAAUGUUGCGACCACGUGUUUUGAUGGGAGAAAAAUAACAAGAAAAGAAAAAAAAAAGUUUACAGCAAAGUGUUAUAAGAAUUUGAAUUGUAAUACGCGUACUGCUUCUUGACGUCUCAUUACUGCAUCUGCAUCUGCACGGUUAAUUUAUAAAUAAACGAUAUUGAUAAUAA